CGAUCCACCCGACCUCGAUCUACCAACACCACCAACCCCAACUCCCCAACACUACCGCCACCACCACCAGCAACCUCACUAGUUGCUCACCAUGCCCCCGAAGCGCCGAAAGCGUCGUCGUCGCGAGGACGAGUCGGUAAUCAAGACCGAACCUGAUACUCGCCGCGCUGACAGAGAGAACGACGAUACCUUUGAACUCACGGACGAAGAGACGGAGGUCAAGAAGACAACAUCGUUCACCACCGUCGAAUACAACCGCUAUCUUCGUAGCAAAGCUCGUAGCAAGGCUCGGAAGUCCUCCCAGGAAGUUCAGCUUGAUGAUCCAUUCCCAUUUCUUCGCCUCUCCCCCGAGAUCAGGAACAUGAUCUACCGAUACCUGGUUGUCUCCAAGUCCCCUUACCCUAUCCGCCUUGACUUCAGUGGUUGCCUUUCCCAAGGUGGAAUCGAGACCGCAAUACUAGUGGCAAACCGCCAGGUGUACAAUGAAGCCUCUAAGAUCCUCUGCCAUGAGAACGUGUUCCAGGUUCCAUACUUACCAUGGAAUUGCAGAUAUGGUGGGGUUCCAUAUCGUGUGGACAGUCCUCGAGAUGCCUCUGCAACUAUACGUCAAUUGCGCAACGGCCGAGCUGUCGAUAUGGUGAAGCAUGAUGGUCUGAUAUACGAGCACGUCUUCCAUCGCCUCCGUAAUGUCGAACUGAUGAUUGAGGUAUACGAUAAGACCCUUCUACAAGAUUACAUGAACAUGGUUUGGGUUUCAGAAUGCCAUAGAACCUUUUGGCCGAUUUGCAAGACAAUAACUGCAUUGGCAUCCAAGGAAGUCGAUGAUCUGCGAGGUGGAGCCUGUCCCCUCUCGCUCGUCAUUCAGUCGUCGGGCCUGGUUGGACAUAAGACAUUGCGCACAAUUCUCCAACCCAUCCUCAAGCCGGAGAUCUUCAAGGCAGUUCGCGAUGGAAAGUUAAAGGUGAAAGUGGACGGAAUAUUCCCGCAGAACUGGGAGUCUAUUUUCAGCAAGAUGAUGGGUCCCGGGUUUUCUCCCCACAAUUUGGAGGUGCUUGAGGAUCCUGGUAAUCUGGAUGGGAAGGAUUUGGACGUGUGGUUUCCGCCAGAGGAGAAUGGAGAGGAUGAAGAGGACAAUUGAGACCAGAGAUAUGGAGAGCACCGGUUCUACGUUACUUUGUAUGCAGCCCUUAAGAGGAGAUCGAUGGCUUCCGAAUCGCCUGCUUACCGUAGCUAAUUGAAACUGCU